UCAUGACUGAUGAAACAGAGUUCCAUACCCCUGAAGGCCUCCAGGACUGGCUUCGUGCUGCCAUAGCGGACUCACUACCCAAAGCCCUUGCGGUCUUCCAGGGUGAUGCCCUACUGGCAAUCCAGGACCCUACACCUGGCUCCUCUGGGGCUCAGGGAUCCGACUUGGACGACUCCAAUGGAUUCUGCCCGCAAGAAGCCUUGGGAAG